AUGACGAGCUGCGGCCUCCUGAACAGUUCCAACAAGCCGGUGCCCCUGCGCAGCGGCGUGGUGACAGUGCUGAUCCGAGGCUUCGUGGCGGACGUGCAGGAGCUGUACGGGGACGCGCUGGCCGGAGGGCAGAGCUCGUUCUUGCUGCAGCAGGAAGGGGCCAGGGGUGAUGUUUUCAGCUGCUCCCUGGGUAACCUGCCCCCCGGGGAGGAGGCGGCGCUGACCCUGCGCUACGUCUGUGAGCUGUCUCUGGAGCCCGACGGGGCCGCCCGCUACGUGCUGCCGGCCGUGCUGCGCCCCCGCUACACGCCCCAUGGAGCUGGCUGUGAGACCGCUUUCCUCAGCUGCAUGGUCCACCCUCUGACUCCGCUGCUGGAGUGGACAGGAGCUGAGGCUGCAUUUCCCCCCCAAGCAACCAGGCUCCAAAACGCGCUGAUGUGCUGCUAUUUCCGUGGCCGCAGUUAUUUCUUUCUCCUUCAACACAGGCUGGUGAGCCUCGACCUUCAGUUCCAAGGUUCGCUGGGUGGGACAGGGAGGACGUCACCCAGGGGGUCCCACGGGUCCCCCCAGGGGGAGCUGCCCUACACCCUGAGCGCCACACUGCAGUCGCCCCACGGCAUCGACCGUGUGCUCUCCAACUGCUCCCUCACCCCCCUGAGCUACCGGGCUGGGAACCAGACCACCGCCCAGGUGUCGCUGGCCCAGGCCCCCCCGUGGGACCGAGACGUGGUGCAUUACGCGGAGCCGCACAAACCCAGCGCGGUGCUGGAGGCCGGGCUGCCCGAAGUGGAGCCAGGCUCCCUGAUGGGCGACCCGGCCGUGAUGGUGACCCUGCUGCCCAGCCUGCCCAAGGCAUUGCCAGGCCAGAGCUCGGCCGGGGAGUUCAUCUUUCUGCUGGACCGCUCCGGCAGCAUGGCGUGCCCCAUGGACGGCCUAGACUACUCGGACCAGCGCAUCGACAGCGCCAAGUUACGGCCAGAGACCCUGGUCCUGCUGUUGAAGAGUUUGCUGGGCUGUUAUUUCAACAUCUAUGGCUUUGGGUCUUGGUUUGACGCCCUCUGCAGGCAGAGCGUGGGAUACACCCAGCAGACCAUGGCCGAGUCCCUGCAGCGCGUCCAGCAGCUCCAGGCUGACCUGGGGGGCACCGAGAUCCUGGCACCGCUACAAGCCAUUUACCGCAGCCCCUGCCAGGAUGGGCACCCACGCCAGCUCUUUGUGUUCACGGACGGGGAGGUGAGGAACACCCAGGACAUCAUCGCUGAGGUGCAGCAUCACCGGGGGGCCCACAGGUGCUUCUCCUUUGGCAUCGGGGAAGGGGCCUCCAUGGCUCUGGUCAAAGGCAUCGCCCGGGCAGCAGGGGGCAGCACCGAGUUCAUCAUGGGCCAGGACCGCAUGCAGCCCAAGGCACUGCAGUCUCUGAAUCGGGCCCUGCAGCCGGCCGUGACUGGGAUCUCGCUGCGCUGGGAUCUGCCCCCCGGGAUGGAGGCGGCGCUGCUGGGCUGGGGCCCUGAGGUGAUCUUCCCUGGGCAGCGGUGCCUCAUCUACGCCCAGCUCCGCGGGCAGCCCCAGUACUGCAUCCAGGACCAGACCUACAAGGAGAUGCUGCAGUUCCCCCUGCAGCCACAGGAUGGAGACAGGCUGCCCGUUCACCGGCUGGCAGCCAAGUCACUGCUGCUGGAGCUGGAGGGGGCCAUGGACACCGGGUCAGAGGGGGACCGGCGCCGGGUGCUGGAGACCAGCCUGAGCUCGGGGGUCGUCUGCUCCCUCACAGCCUACGUGGGGGUGGACACGGAGCGGGGGCAGCCGGUUCAGGGGCCGCUGGUGAGACGGGACAUCCCGCUGGCAGAGCGGGCACUGGAGGAGUCUCCCCUGCUGAGGCUGGUGUCUCUGCAGAAUGCCGACGGCUCGUGGGAUCUGGACCCCCGGCUGGCCGCGGCGCUGGAGGUGAGCGAGACCGACGCCAGGGGGAGGAUGCCCAGUCGGGAUGUGCCCCCCGGCAUCUGGGCCACGGUGCUGGCCGUGGUCUGGCUGCACGGCCGGGCCACAGGGCAGCGCAAUGAGUGGGAGCUGCUGGAGGCCAAGGCUGUGGGCUGGGUGCAGAGCCAAGCAGGGCCUCGGCUGAGCGAGUGCCUGGAAGCCGCCAACGCCCUGCUGGGCUUCAACGUUGGCCCUGCCAUCUUCGAGCUCUGA